AAUAUUUUAAUAUUAUCUUGUCGGCUGUAUAGGAUUUUGGAAUCGAAUUUUGACAACGCAAUAAUGAUGCGUUUAGAAACGAACGUAAUGAAAUGUCGUUGAGGGUCGCGGUACGGGUCUGUGCGAAUUUUCCAUGGAAAACGGGGUGGAAGCUGUAGACGAGAGGGCGUGGUUAUUGAUUUUCUACAGCAAUGCGCGAAAAGUGCGACCAGCUGACGAGAAAAUGUGAGUUAGUCUUCACUAUCCGUACGAGUGUUGUGAAUUUCCUGUACGGUGUCUUACUAGUUUCAAACGGCGUCAAAAUGAAUAUCUUAUACAUCCUCCCGUUACUAUUGCCUCUCAGCUAUUGUGAAUUCGCGUUAAACAAUACGAAAUUCGAAGGAAACCCUUACAAAAAACAUCUAUUUGAUGACCUUCUGAGCAACUACAAUCGGCUGAUCAGACCAGUCCAAAACCAUUCGGAGAACUUGACCGUUUGGAUGGGCUUAAAACUCACACAGUUAACCGAAAUGAAUCUCAAAAGUCAAGUGAUGACAACGAGUGUGUGGUUGAUCCAGAAAUGGUUUGACUGCAAUUUGAAAUGGGAUCCUAAAGACUAUGGUGGCUUAGACAAGUUAUACGUGCCUUCGGAUCAUAUUUGGUUGCCUGACAUAGUUUUGUUCAACAAUGCCGACGGAAACUACGAAGUAACCCUGAUGACAAAAGCUGUGCUCAAGUAUACCGGUGAAGUACUAUGGUCACCUCCGGCCAUCUACAAAUCGUAUUGCGAGAUAAACGUUCUGUACUUUCCGUUUGACGAACAGAACUGUUACAUGAUGUUCGGUUCGUGGACAUACAACGGAAAUCAGGUAGACUUGAGGCACAUCGACCAAUCGCAGGGCAGAAACCGCGUGGAUGUUGGCAUCGAUCUGAGCGAAUUCUAUCUAUCCGUCGAAUGGGAUUUACUCGAAGUCCCUGCGGUCAGGAACGAAGAGUUCUAUUCCUGUUGCUCAGAAUCGUAUACGGACAUAACUUUCAACAUAAAGAUGCGACGCAAGACUUUGUUCUACACGGUUAAUUUGAUCAUCCCUUGUGUCGGACUGACAUUCAUGACAGUGUUGGUGUUCUAUUUGCCAUCUGACUCUGGUGAAAAGGUGACUCUGUGCAGUAACAUACUAGUGUCGUUGACUGUGUUCUUCUUGCUGCUAGCCGAGAUCAUCCCCCCGACGUCUCUGGCCGUUCCGCUCCUCGGCAAAUACCUGCUGUUUACCAUGGUUCUAGUGUCCAUGUCAAUCGGCAUGACAGUGGUCGUGUUAAACAUCCAUUUCCGGUCACCAUCAACCCACACCCUGUCGCCUUGGGUGAGAACCGUGUUUCUGCACAUGAUGCCACAGAUACUUAUGAUGCGCCGACCACCGUAUUCGCUGAUGACCAACGACGGAUUCCAAAGCUCACCGGGUUACUUCAACGAACUGGACUACAGUCGAGACAGCAUAAGCGAUAGCGGUGGAACCGAACAGAAACCUCCAUCUUUGACCCAGAGACACUGGUCCUUCAAAAAAAUUCAAUCGGUACAGCCUCACAACUAUCCGGAGAAUGUAAUGCCAAAGACAAUGUCCCCAGAUCUACUCAAGGCUUUACAAGGGGUCUGUUACAUUGCUCAACAUAUCAAAGACGCAGACAAAGAUAAAGAGGUGAUCGAAGACUGGAAGUACGUUUCGAUGGUGUUCGACCGGUUCUUCCUGUGGGUGUUCACUCUGGCCUGCAUAGUGGGCACGUGUGCCAUAAUAUUCCAGGCACCCUCGCUGUACGACCAACGGCAACCCAUCGACUUCCAGCUGUCCAGCAUACCCCGCCGACGGAGCAACCUGGCGCUGCCGCACGAAAUCGACUUUUACGAACGCACUUACGGUGCCAACUAGAGUACCUAUAACUAUUAUAUUUUAUAGAUAUAUCCGUUGAAAUCCCGCUGCAGGCUCAUUAUAAAAUGUACAUAAUUGAAUAUAUACUUAUAUACGUAGAUAACACACACGUGUUUAUAGGUUUACCGAAUAAACGAUAUACAGUGAAACCUUUAAAUAUCAGACACUAUCGAUACCUGAAAUGUUGUCCGCUAUUAGAGGGUGUCUACUACUCAGUGGGUUCAGUCUGUAGGAAGUUUAUAUUUAGUUCCCUGCAAGAAAACGUCCGCUAUUUGGAGGUGUCCGCUAUUUAGAGGUUACUCAUAGCCCAUAGGUAACAUAAGACACGUCUGUAACACUCGCAAAUUAUCGAGCUACCUGUUAAUGCCACGUUUAGCACCUGCACUUGUCAAACGCAUCGACUGGUGCAGUGGCGCAAUUAUAGAAUAGAAAAAGGGGGGAGUGGAAAGCUUUCACCCCCUUCCACCAACGAAAAACCCAGACCCCAAAUGGUUUGGAUUUUUUGAACUCUGUCUUGGCCGCGGGAGACUUACACGCAUAAUUUAAUCGUGAAAGAAAGAUAAUACUAUAGUGAUUAUAAUAAAUCGUAUCGACGAAAUAUCACCACAUCUCCAUACAUCGUAUUAUAUUAAAAAUUUGUAUUAAUCAGCUGGAACGCUAUAUGGCGUAUCCAUAAUCCAUUAUUAUAUUACGCGUCCGUACGCGUUUAACAAAAUAUAAUAUUUAUACGUGUGAAAAAAAAAUGUUUCAUUUCCUUCACAGCCCUGUGGACGUGGUAUCUUUAAAUAGUUCUAGCCUGCGCACGCGUCGCGGCACUAUUUUUUGUUGUUUUCUUUUUGCAUGUCCGCAACGUACGCAAGUCGUUGCCAAUCAGACACUCCGAAAAACCCGCGUAGGCACACGUGCAUACUAAAAUAUAAUUGUGUUCUAUACAAUACGUCAAUAUACAAUAUUAUAAUAAUUAUAUGAGCAAUGAGCCAUGAGCGGAAUCCGCAGCGUGCAGAAUCUGCACGUUUAUUGUAUAGACAUUGCGUUUAAGACGUAGGUACUAAUGAGGUAAAAUGUGAGGAGAGGUAGGUAUAUAACUAUCUGUAUGACUGUGUAUACCUCACAACAUUUAGUGAUAGUCAUUCAUUAUUUCAAAAACUAAAACGUUUUUGAAGAUAUUUUUUUUAACAUUACUUUGAGUAAAUAUUUGUUGAAAAAACAACAUUUAUCUAAAAAAAAUA